UCGGAAGUGCCCGCAUGGCGCGGGCGGCGCGGGCGCUGGCGCGGGCUGUGGAAAGAGCGGCGGGGCCGGGGCUGGACCGGGCUCGCCUGGUGCCGCUGCCGCCCGGCGGCGCGGCCGGGCCCGACCCGCACGGCUGGCGAGAGGCGGUGGCGGCCGCGGCCGGCGCGCUGCAGGCGGGCGGGAUGGUGGCGGUGCCCACGGACACGGUGUACGGCGUGGCCUGCCUGGCUCAGGACUCGGCCGCCGUGCGCAGCAUCUACAGCCUGAAGGGGCGGAACGGCGCGAAGCCCCUCGCCAUCUGCCUCGGGGACGUGGAGCGGCUCUACAGGUACUGCCACGUGAACGUGCCGGACGAGCUGCUGCGGGACCUGCUUCCAGGACCGGUGACGCUGGUCCUGCAGCGUUCAGAAGAACUGAAUAAAGACCUGAAUCCUUUCACAUCGCUGGUUGGUGUUCGUAUUCCAAACCACUCCUUUAUGAGGGACCUGGCACGUGCCUGCUCGGGACCACUGGCUUUGACAAGCGCCAACAUCAGCUCCAAGGGCAGCACCCUGACCGUGUCGGAAUUUCAGGACCUGUGGCCUCAGUUGUCCUUGAUCGUCGAUGGAGGCCCCAUAGGGGACAUCUGGAGCCCAGAGUGUCGCUUGGGGUCGACUGUGGUUGACUUAUCUGUGUCAGGGAAGUUCUCCAUCAUCCGUCCUGGCUGUGCACUGACACCCACAGUUGAAAUCCUGAGGCAGAAGUAUGGCUUGGUACCGGAGUCUUCCUAACCCUUGGGAUUGGGAGCUGCUGGAGCUGGGCACCAUGUGCCUGUGCACUCAGAAGUGGGUGUUUGUGGCCUUGUUUAAUAAGGUCGAUGGGUUAUGUCAAGGUGAAUAAAUAAAAGAUUAAAAAAAUUAAUUAAAAAGUCCUUUUGAGCUCUCUGUGCUGCUGUACCAUUCCCAAAUGUCUGUUCUGUUAUCCUGAUUAGGCCUUGUGAAUAUAAUGCUUGGAAUGUUGGACUGAUGAGGUGGGGAAGGCCCUGUCUGCCCCACCCUCCCCAAGCGCUGAUUCCAUGUUUGUAGUCAUUGCAUCUGCACUGUAAGGAAAGCAAAAACGGAAUAGAGGGGUUUGGGGCUUUCAGGGUGUUACAGCUGUAAUGUUCUCUGGUUAUGUUCAAAUUCAUGGAGUGAUGGUUGAAACAAACAACACCAGGCCAGGCUGCCUGGGCCAGGGCUGGUACCAGAGGUGAAGCUGCUCAGUGUGUGACCCUUUCUGACCCUGGUGAAGCCAUGGGGAUUCUGCUGUCUGAAGAGUCCCCAGACAGGGACAGGUUUUCCUCCGUCACUGCAAACAGAGAUCUGUGAGGCCACUGCUAGCCCUCGUUCUGCUUCCCACUACAACAGAAAACAGACUUGGGCUAAUUAAGCUGGAAACACAACAUUGCAAUUUGCAGCUGAUUAAAUCUUUCAAACAAUA